ACAUGGCCGUCUCUACAGUCCUCAGCUCAGCUCGCUGUUUAUGUAACACUUUAUCCCGGGUUAAUCUGAGUUAUUUACCCGGUACAUGUAUUAGAUAUAAAAAUAUCCCGGGCUGGAGGGUUUUAUCAUGUCGCUAUUAUGUUUCUGUACUGGAUGUGAGCCGGAGGAGAGAGAAGAGCGGAGUGACAUUGAGGCUAAGUGCAGGUUCUAACAGUGGUGUGUGUAUAUCCGGUACACACUGGUUCCACAGCAGUGCGGCUCGUAAUGCUGAGAAGGAUUUCUACAGUGUUUUGGGGGUUCCUCGUACCGCCAGCCAGAGAGAAAUCAAAAAAGCUUAUUAUCAGAUGGCUAAGAAGUACCAUCCUGAUACCAACCCCGAUGACCCGCAGGCUAAAGAGAAAUUCUCAGAAUUGGCUGAAGCUUAUGAGGUUCUGAGUGAUGAAGUAAAGAGGAAGCAGUACGACACGUACGGAACGGCAGGACCGGGUCCGAGUCCUGGCGGGGCAGGGCAGCAGUACUGGAGCGGCAGAGCUACUGUGGACCCAGAGGAGCUGUUCAGGAAGAUUUUUGGUGAAUUUGCAGGAGCGCAGGGGUUCGGAGAUUUCAGCUCCAUAUUCGAACAGCCACUCGAGUACGUGAUGGAGCUGACGUUUACUCAGGCAGCUAAAGGAGUAAAUAAGGAGAUUACAGUGAACAUAGAGGACGACUGUCCACGCUGUGAUGGUAAAGGUCAUGAACCGGGCACCAAGGUCACACACUGCCACUACUGUAACGGCACGGGCACGGAGUCGAUCAGUACAGGUCCGUUUAUGAUGCGCUCGACAUGCCGACGCUGUGGUGGGCGGGGCUUCAUCACUAUCACGCCCUGUAUAAACUGCAGAGGAACGGGUCACACCAAGCAGAAGAAGAGUUUGGUGGUGCCCGUACCCGCAGGAGUGGAAGAUGGACAGACUGUUCGGAUGCCGCUGGGAAAUAAACAGAUCUACAUCACAUUCAGAGUUCAGAGGAGUCCUCUGUUUCGGAGGGAUGGAGCUGAUAUCCACUCGGAUGUGAUGAUCUCAGUAGCUCAGGCCGUGUUGGGAGGAAGCGCUCGAGCUCAGGGUCUGUACGGAACCGUCGACAUCCCGAUCCCGUCUGGAGUUCAGACUGACCAGAAGAUCCGUCUGGGUGGUAAAGGAAUCGCCCGCAUCAACGGAUACGGCUACGGAGAUCACUACGUCCAUCUCAAAGUCAAAGUGCCCAGGAAGUUAAGUCGGAGACAGAGGGAGCUGAUGCUGAGUUAUGCUGAGGAGGAGACGGAUGUAGAAGGAACCGUUAAUGCAGUCACCAGAUCAGAAUCAGUGAGCUCUGAGCAAUCACAGAAGGGAUCUGGAGUGGAUGAGGUGAGUGAGGAGAAACAACCUGAGGAGGAAGGAGGAUUCUUUUCCAAACUGAAGCGGAUGUUCUCCUGAAGAAGCAGCAGGUGAAGCACCUUCAUGGUGUUAAUGAGGGUUCAGAUGUUCUUCACCCAGCUUAUCUAAACCAGUCGAGGAUGAGAAGAGACGGAACAUUACCCAUCAGCCACUGGGGCUCCACAGUCGCUCCAUGAACACCCAUCAGAACAGCGGGAUUAAUUCUGUGUGUUAAUCCCAUGUGAUGAGGAGCGGCUGAUGUGAUCAGGCUCGUUAUUCUCCUGUUUCGUGCUCUUUUGAUGGACGUAAGGAGGCUCAGUUGUGUAUUUUUGGGUGGAGCUGCUGGACCGUGAGUAGAAGCUGAAGACGUUGAUCUGUGUAUUUUUAUUAUAGAAAUAAUAAAUAAUAAAAAAUUCAACUAGAAAUGAA